CGGACACAGAGGCGUCCUGCAGCCCAGGGGACUCGACCUAAAGCUGAUGCCUCCAGGGUUGUGUGCGUUGUGGUUGUGUCGCCUCUUGUGGUUGUGUCGCCUCUUGUUGUUAGCAUGACUCUGUUUCCUGCUGACAACCUGCUGUAUCUCGGUAUCUCCAUCACUGUGUGGUUCGGCCUCCUCUUCGUCCUCAUGAUCGUGCCCUCUGUCCUCGGAGUCUCCUUCGGAAUGCGCAGACUCUACAUGAGGACACUUAUCAGGAUCUUUGAGUGGGCGACGAUACGAAUGGAGAUUGAGGCGAAGGAAAAGAAUCAGGAACACUAUAAACCAUAUAGCAAGGAUAUCAUUGUCAAAGAACCACUAUCCUCUUUGCAGCAGGACAUCCAGGAGCUUCGUGGUUGUCUGCGCUCAGAGUCUGAGUUCGAAAUGUCGGACAUCUUCUACUUCUGCCGGAGAGGCGUGGAGAGCAUCGUGGACGAUGAGGUGACCAAACGCUUUUCAGCCCAGGAACUGGAAAACUGGAACCUACUGACCCGCAGCAGCUACAACUUCCGUCACAUAAGUCUGAGACUCACAGUCCUGUGGGGCUUGGGGGUCCUCGUCCGCUACGGGGUCCUGCUGCCUCUCAGGGUUACUCUGGCAGUCACUGGCAUCAGUUUGCUCCUAGUCCUGACAACCUUGGUGGCACUUUUACCAAAUACAGAUUUAAGGUUCUAUCUGAGUGAGAAGAUUCAGAUGAUGUGUUACCGCAUCUGUGUCAGAUCUCUCACAGCGAUCAUCACCUAUCACAACAGCGGGAACAAACCUCAGAACGGGGGCAUCUGUGUGGCCAAUCAUACAACACCCAUCGAUGUCAUCAUCUUGGCCAAUGAUGGCUGCUACUCUCUGAUUGGCCAGGCUCAUAGAGGGUUGCUGGGAAUGAUACAAAGAGCCAUGGGCAGAUCCUCCCAUCACAUCUGGUUUGACAGGGCAGAAGUCAAAGACAGACACCUAGUGGCCAAAAGGCUUGGUGAUCACGUUGCUGAUAAAACCAAACAGCCCAUCCUCAUGUUCCCCGAGGGUACUUGCAUCAAUAACACAUCGGUGAUGAUGUUCAAAAAGGGGAGCUUUGAAAUUGACUGCACAGUUUAUCCAGUCGCCAUCAAGUAUGACCCUCGGUUUGGUGACGCUUUCUGGAACAGCAGUAAGUUUGGCCUGGUGACUUAUCUGCUGAGGAUGAUGAGCAGCUGGGCCAUCGUCUGCAGUGUUUGGUAUCUACCACCUAUGAACAGACAGGAAGGAGAGGACGCAGUGCAGUUUGCAAACAGAGUUAAAGCCGCUAUAGCUGCACAAGGAGGCUUAGUGGAUCUAAUUUGGGACGGAGGCCUGAAACGAGCCAAAGUGAAAGAUGCUUAUAAAGAAGAGCAACAGAAGCUGUACAGCAGAGUUCUUGUUGGAGAGCAGGACCAGAAGAACAAUUGCGGUGACAAACAUUUAGAGGAUGAAAAUCCUGAAGAGGAAAGAAACGACCAAGAUUUAAGAACGGGACAAUGA